UGUUGGCGUCAAGAGUCUUAUGUCUUCGACCGCAAGUCGAGUGCCACCACACGCGGGAAUUAACGCUCUCCGUGGUCAACGAGCCACCCUUCCUGCCGGCAGGUGCGCCAAUCUCAAAAGCGUACCUGAAGAUCAUGUGCGCAUCUCAAGGGGAUUGUAAUCCCGGGGGACGAGGAUUCUGCACUGUAAUGCACCUCUUCGGCGGAAGAGGGUUUUUGUCUGUUGCAUCCCAACGCAGGUAAGAAGAUCUGAUGUUACCUCGAAGUCAACCUACUUAUCGUAGAACACUCGUAUGGAUUGUGAAAUAUUACUGCAUUUAUUUGUAAUAGGAACCUCUUCACUUAAUAGGGCAAAUAAAUGGGUAAUCAACCGCAAUAGAGAAGGAUUCAAAUUCAAAAGGUAGGGUUGCUUUUGGGCAUUAGAGUUUAAUGCUUGAGCAUAUAAUAAUGGAAGCUGAAUUUUUGUUGAUGUAGAAAAUAUUAGAAGGCAUUGAUGCAUUUGUUGGGGCACAAUCUUAUAUAUAUUUUGCAGUUGGAAUUAAGGGAAGCAAAACUGGUUGACCUCCUACGGUGGUCAACACAGGAAUUUGGACGGUCUAAUAGGUAAUAGGUUAAGUAAUAUAUCCUAGACUAAAAGAUUGCUUGAUAUCCAGAAGUGCUGAAGAUGUAGUUUCAGCACAUAGAAUCUGAAUCUUCACCAAAAUGAAGAUUUUUCAGCAAUAGAUUGACAGAUGUAGUUUGCUAUUUUUUACACCUAUUAAUCUGAAUCUUCAUCAAAAUGCACAGACUCCACAUAUCAUGAUUUGGCAUUUGAAGUACGAGAAUGUUGGAAAACAACAAGAUUCCGGCAGGGCAGGCGAAGAAUUUUACUUGCUUUCUUGAAUUAAGAUCAUUGUAUGAUGUGUUGUGGGUAACCAAACUGUUUGAUGUUAGUGGUUGAGGAAGAGUGUUGAAAAGGAGCCAUGGAACUGGUUAGGUGAGUGUGAAAGGUCCAGCAUAAGGGAAUCUCUCACCAAGAAGGUGUGAACGCACCAUUCCUAUGAUAUCUUCCACUAAAUUCUUUGCAGAAGUGAUUCUAUCCUCUUACCUGGAAGUGUGAACACACCAUUCCUAUGGUAUCUUCCAUUAAAUUCCCUCUCUCUCUCUCUCUAGGGUAUCUUUCACUGAGUUCAGUUUGGAAAGGUGUCCUUAUGGCAUGAUUCUUUCACUUUUAAGUGUUUGAUCCUUUCCAGCUUUCUUUUGCUGCCCACUGGAUUGGAUAUAUUGUGGCUUGCUAAUUCUAGGAUCAUAUCCAACUUCCAGGAUUAUAGAAGUUAGGUCAAUGCUAGACAUGGAUUGGACUUAUAAUAUUCAUGCCCCACCUUCAAUUGACUGCUAUUCCUAACUCAUGUGUCAAUUACAAGGCUGCACAUUGAGUGCAAAAAAUUUAUCUAUGGGUACUGCUGACUGGACAAUCUCAAGCCAUUCUGUAUUUCUUUAAUUCUUUAUUUCUUUUUCUGAAGAAAAGAUAUUAGGUGAGGUGUCAACCUCUGUAUCUAGUCUGCCCAUAGUUUAGGAUGGAUAUUUUAGAAUGUAAACUAUAAAUUCUUGAUGAGUUCCUAUAGCUAAUUUUUUAAAAAACUAUCAGAUUACAUCAGUCCAUUUAUCAGUAAGGUUGAAGAUAAUUAAGAAUGGUUUUUUUUCUACCUUAAAGAUGGUUAUCAUUAGCAUAUUAUGGUAGAUCACAGCAACCAUCAUGUAGAGGUCAGAGAAGUCUAAGCCAAGAAUUAGUGUACUUGUUUUGUUCUUAACCAAAAGUUAUUAUACAGGUGGUUGGCAGUAUUUAGGUUACUAGAUGAGAUGUAUGAUCACAUGAGAGAUUCAAUUUGACAGAAACUAUUCCUGCUCCUGAAGUAGCAGUAACGUAAGUUAAGGGAGCAAAACAUGACUCUUUUAAUGAUCUAACUAAGUGUGAGACAGCAAGGUCAUCAUGUUGUGUCCUCAAAAAGAGAAAAAAAAGUUUAUCAUCUUCGGAAAUAGGUGUUGUGCAUGACUUAACAGAGAAAAGAAUUAUGACAGGAAAGGGAAAUGAUAGUAACUUGUUCGUUGUUUUAUCAUCGAGGACAAAAAUGCAAAUCUGAUUUCUUAAGUAAUUGAUGAAUCAAAUAAUGAAACAAGUAGGUUGUACAAUUCUCUACAAGAAAAUAAGUGAUAAAUCUUUCAAUAUUGGUAUUAAACUUAAAAGUUUAGGUCUAAGAAAAAUCAGUCUUGUCCUUGAAGACUUCAUUGAAGUCAGGAUAGGAUAAAAUCAUAAGGCAGACUAAAAAGAGAGGGCAAAAAGAAGUGUGAAAAGGGCAUCUGAGGGAAUCUCGGCAUGACCAACAAGAACACAGUAAGUUAUUUAAUAUAAUAUAAUUUUCUCUAGUUUUACGUAGAUGUUAAUGUCACAGCUAUGUAGCACAGUUUUCCUAAUAUUAAAACUUAUAACUAUGUGCAAGACUUGUUGAAAUUUUAUCUCGGUAAGUUGGGUGCUGUCCCAGUCUUUAGUUACUUUCCAACUCCACGUUUGAAAUUGGGAGUUUCAUUCUUAUUUGGCAUUGCUUGUCAACCAUUCUGUCUGCUUCUGUGUCAUUAUUUGAGUUGCAUUGUUGUUUGCCAAAGUGAAGAAGGAUAAACAAUCAUUGAUACUUAUAAAAUAUAGCUAUCAGUAGAGAGAUUCCAAACUGUGGGCGGUAUGAACCAUUCAUUGAACCAUAUCAACUGCUAGUCAAUAGGGCUUCCGAUAUUGUUCAAAGGCUUUACUGGUUGUAAAGCAACUCAAAAACAGUGGCUGCUAAAAUUUUUCUGUCAGAUCUUCGAGAAACUAUAAUAAAAUUUCUGCACCUAUUAUGAUCUUUAGACUGAUAACAAUGAUCUAUGCAGCAAUUGCUUUGUGCUUUGUACAGCUUUUCUAACAAAAGAAACGAGCCAAAUAGAUCUAGCAUAUAACUUACAGCUAAAAACUCACAUAAGAAUGUUGGAGAUGAGAUGAUUCUAUGAUCCAAAAUUCCAAGUAGAUCUUAGUCUAGUAGUUGACCCUGAAUAUACAAAUUGGUUUUUCUAUACUCUUAAACUGCAAGUGAUGAUUUCCUCUUGUACCAUUUUCGUCAGCAGAAGUAGGUCUUCCUAUUGAAAGUGAAAGGAUACUACUUCUUGAUUGAUUAGCCAACUUGUACUGAGUGAUUUUUAUCAAACAAAAUAGUUGAGGCUGACAUUUAUUUGGCUUGGAUUUUCGACACAAGAACAAAAGUCUUGUCCUAAAUUCAAUGUCAUUCUCCUAUCUUUACAUUAGAACUGCCAUCUUCCAAAGAGCCUUUUCCAGAGCAAGUUGUGCAGCACUUGAUUAGGGUUAGGGGGAAAAUGCUUGGCCUCAAACACAUUGACCACAAAUAAUUUAGAUAAGAAUCCUUUAGUCAACAUAAUUGGCUUACAGUAGCAAGUAAGGUACUACUAUCUACCUGAACUUGUAAAGAGUCAUUUUAAGCCUCUGUUUCUGUACAUGCCCUUCUCCAUCUGAAUUCCAAGUUUUGAGGUCACUAAGGUUCCAUAUGGAGAUACAUAUUAGUGAUAAAUCAUGAUAUGAUUUAUAACAUUAGCAAUCAACAAAAAAUAAGCAUUCUUCAAGUUAUAAAAUAUUGAUAAAAGAAAAUGGCAUAUUGUUUAAAGAACUAUGCUAUGACAAAAUACCGUCCCUAAAGCUUCCAAUGUAGAGGCUAACUUACUGUGCUAUCAUCAUAACAGCAUUUGUUAUGGUACUAUUGCUUCUCUCUUAUGGGAGAUUUGGCUAGUUUACAAUUAUUUCAAGAAAGAAUCUGUUUUAAUCUUGAACCAAGCCUUACACAAGCCUAUGAUUCAAGCUGAAAAUUAUAUAUGAAGCUCGACGAACCUCAAUUCAAGAUGAGAUUAUACUUGCAUGCGCUUUUUUUGUAAUUUUAUAUCUUUAUGAAUUACCAUAGGUUUUACCUUAACAAAAUUUGAUUCCAUAUGAACCUUAACUUGGUUCAUAUGGAUUCAAAUUGAAAUCUGAGUCAACACCUUCUUUAAAAGGUUUUGCAGUGUGUAAAUACUGAUUUUAGCUGCAGUAUAGCUAGAUUUAAAGAUUCAAACAUGCUCUUUUUUUCUCUUCUUGCCUCUUCAUUUUUUUUUAUCGUUCUUAGUGCAAAGUAUCUCCAAUUUUCUAUAGGAGUUUGAAUUUGAGUUCAUGCACCCUUCCGUCUCCCAUGGCACAUGGUUUCCAUUUCGGUAUUCCGGAGUUGCAUGUGGGUGACAAACUCAUGCUCCAUAUACUACAAGUUUUAAAGCCUCCAUAUAUCACACAAUCUAUUGAGUUGUGCACAAGGAAAGCUGUUCACAGCCUCAAAAUGUAGUUCACAAGUCAGUCUGUCACCAACAUUUAUCGAGUUUUAAAGGCCUCCAUAAAUCACACGAUCCAUAGAGUUCUUCAGAAGGAAACCCUGUUAGUUCACAGCCUCAAAUUCACCUGAGAUGUCACUCCAAAGAGUAGUUCAUAAUUCAAUCUGUCACUAACAUGUAACCCACACUGCCGUCUGUUUCAGGUUCAUGGUCCCUGUUCUUAGACAAAGCACCAUGCCAAAUGUACUCAUACAUUGGAUGUGGACAACGUCCCUUCAUUCAACACUCAACAUGGCCAGUUUCAUGUAAACAUCCAGACAUUAAAAACAAACCUAAUACUCGCACAAGAAUCUCAUUAGGUUUUCUUAUGAUCUUCCCAUUUACCGUCAUUCACAUGCUGACCCGGACUGGUCCAUGUAUGAAUGGCAAUGUUAUCCAAUCUGUCACUCCGGUUUCCUUUUUCUUCUUGAGCUCAGUACCGGGUAAGAUGACCUUUCUGAUCCAAAAGAGAGAGAGAGAGAAAGAUAAAGAAGCAUAUUGCAAGAUUAUGCUCCAGAUAAAAAAAAUCAGCUAGUUAUCUUUUUGCUUGAAUAGGCCCAAAUGCAUUAGCUAAGUUUCCUUGUGGAUUGGGCAUCUGCUUCAAAAGUUCUCUUUAUUCUUCUGGAUAUUAACAAGUUUUCUUCAGAUGAGACAUGAGGGAUUUGAGUCGUAGUGCACUGAUCACGGACUCAAAGUUACAUUCUCAAUUCAUUCACGGAGUAAUCUGAAGCUGAAAAACUAGAAGCUACGUAUUGCAAGGUAUGUGAUCGUCCUCAACAAAAGUCACAACAUGCGGCGCUCAUCAUAGACAUUUUGUUCUCUUGCAGGCAGAUAAUUGGAUGAUGCUGUGAGUCCCAUGGGCUCUUCGUCUGUUGUGACCGUCCUCAGCUUGUCUUGUCAGUAUGACAGCUCCUGUUCUGCUAGCUUUUUCAGAACAUGGGCGGGCCAUCCCCACGACGAGCUUCUUAAUUGACCUUCACCAGCAAUCAUUAUUAUUGGAUAGCUUUGUCUCGUGGGGAAGAGAUCAGAGACUCAUUGUUUUCAUCUCAAGAAAAAGAUGCCAAUUGUUCGAUUCCUUGAUGAACAAGACUGUUUCAUGCAUGCAUGUCAAACUUUUUCUCCUUUUGCCAGUGCCACAGAGGAAAUGAUGGAGUCAUCGACACUGAAGGCACAAUUCCCGGAAGUUGCCGCUCCGGCGAGCCGCUCUCCCAAGACCAUAACGCUGCGUCCCUCCGACGAUUCCCUGCCCGGACGAGCUCGCUACCUCCGCCGUCAAAUCAAGAAACCUCCUUUCUCAGGUGGGAGGCGGAGCUUCCCCGUCACUCCCCACUUGAGUUGGAAGCUGGACGAUGCGGAACGGUUGGUGCGGAAGCCUGAGCGGGUCGGUCCGAGCGGAGAAGGUCGACGGGAUGACAAGAGUGCCGCAGGAAGGCUGUUGACUGGAUUAUCGGCGAGGAAGCUCGCGGCGGCGUUGUGGCAUUUUCAGGCGGCAGAGGUUAGUGGUGGCGGGCGGGAACGCCGGAGAGCUCGGCUAGGGUUGGAGCCUGAUCCAAGGAUUCUUCGCCUUCCAAAUGUCUGUCAUCAUGAUAGAACAGGCCUCCUCAGUAGCAUCAGUAAUGAGCUUGUUAGUUCUAUCUCAUCCGACCCGAAAGCUACUUCACGGAAGCUCGAAGCAUCUGCUUCAUAUCUCGAUUUGGCAAUGGAGAAAGCAACAAAAUGGGAGGCUGGGUGCUUAAGGUCUUCGGAUAAGGUUUAUCACAAUGAUGGUCACCUAAAGCUUCCCAAGGAUUGGCUGACGACUACUUCCAUCAUUUCUAUUCUUCAGGCAGAGCUCAAGCAGGCUCGUCACCGCAUUAAUGAGCUUGAAAAUGAGAGACGAUCUGCCAAGGAAAAGCUUAAUCACUUCUCGAGGAAGCUUGCGGUUGAGAAGGCUUCAUGGCAGAAUAGAGAGAGUAGAGAGCAUGAGAAAGUUCUGAACAUUAUUGAAGUCAUCAAGGAUGACCUCAGUAGAGAGAGGAAAGGUCGGAAGAGAGUGGAGAUCAUGAAUUCCAAGCUUCUACAUGAGCUUGCUGAGGCCAAGUUAUUAGCAAAGCAGUACUUGCAAGACUAUGAGAGGGAGAAGAAGGAACGUGAGCUCAUUGAGGAGGUAUGCAAUCAGUUUGCAAAGGAGAUCGGGCAUGACAAAGCUGAAGCAGAAUCUUUGAAGAGAGAAUCUACAAAAAUCCAGGAAGAAUUGGAUGAAGAGAGAAGGAUGCUGCAGAUGGCAGAGGUUUGGCGUGAAGAAAGGGUACAGAUGAAACUGGUAGAUGCAAAACUCAUGCUCGAGGAAAAGUAUGCAGAGUUGAGCGAGCUUCAAGCAGAUCUAGAUGCAUUUCUCAGAGCACAUUCUGAUUCUAAUGGAAAUAUGUCAUUGCUGAAAGAAGCUGAGGCGUUUAGAGAGGCGGCCAGCUUACUGAAGUUCCAGGACAUUAAGUUCCAUUACCAGCCUCCUCCAUCUUCAGGGGAUAUCUUCUCUGUUUUUGAAGAAUUCCAGCCAAGAGAAGAAACUAUUGAAAGAGAGAUUGACCCAUGCUGUGGUUACAGCCCUGCAAGUCAUGCCUCCAAAAUCCACACGGUGAGCCCUGAAACUGAUAUCUUUCUGGAAAAUCCAAUGAAGAUGAGAGAUGAGGAUCACAGCGACUUGGAGUCCAUGAGCUAUGCUGAGGGGCAGGGUUCUUGUAAUUCUCCAGAGGCCCAUGAAGAAAGCGUUGCAUCAGUUAGUGGAACUGAUUGUGAUAUGAAAAGAGAUAAUGACAGCUUAAACAGUGAAAUUAGUGAAGUUUGUUCAAGAACCACCAGGCAAUCCAGGAAGGUGUCUUCUAUAGGUAGAUUUUGGAGGUCAACUUGUACAAGCAAUGGCAACAAGAAGAAAUUUUCAGUAGGUUUAUCAAAUGAGAACCUAUUGAGAGGUCGGAUGUUGAACGCCACUCUAUCUCCUAACAUGAAUUCAGGUGAAGUUUGCCCAAGCUCACCGAGUGUGGGGCAAGAGUGUUCCUCUAAUUCGAUAAACUCUCAUAUCAGCAGAGGAACAGAAGGUUGCAUCGAAUGAGCAAGGGAGGCAAAGAAUCACAGUUUGAAGGCUAAGCUUCUCGAGGCAAGAAUGGAGAACCGGAAGAUUCAGUUGUGCGACGUUAUGAAACAUAAUUCUUAGGAUGAACAUUGAUCUCCCAAUGGAGAUUGUACUCUCAAUCAAGCUGGUUGAAUUUUGUCUUUAUAGUAGUACUUGUAUCAUAUCUAAAACACGAGUACCAGAGUGUGUGUACGUAUUCCAUGGAAAGUCACUACCACAACUUAGAUUGCA